GAAGUUCCGCUGGCGGAGUUUCGCUCAGCGGAGACCGUCACUUGGAGAAGACAAGUGAGAAGUUCCGCUGGCGGGGUUUCGCUCAGCGGAGACUCACUUGGAGAAGGGCGUACCCUGGAUUGCUUUCGUGAUACGCCUUGACACGUGGCAAAUAACUAGAGGGUUAGCGUGUGGAGACGCGUCUCCUUAGUCCGGCCGUCUUCUCGUCAUUAAUGCGAGUAAUGAUGGAUUUCGUAACCGAGGCGACGCCUCGGUUAACCCGGAGGGUUAGUGCGGACAGGGGACACGUGUACGGCUGGGGUGUGAUGUUGUUUUCUAGCGGACGACCCAAAAGCCUCUGACGUUGACAUAAAAGGGGGGGAACGUAUUGAGAAGGGAGAUCAGAAAAUCCAUUCGAACUGUUUGUCGUCUUCAAGCUCUGCCCAGCCGAGAUUUGCAGAGAGUGCCGUGCGUUGGUGGAGUUCUCGUGGUCGGAGAGACGAAAAUUUCCGUCGUCGGGGCACAGCGAGUACCAGCACGCCAGAGAGUUCACGACUGAGGUGAGUGUUCUGGUUAUCCUUCUCUUUGGUUUCGUGUUUUUGUCGAUUUAUGGGAUUGGUGUUUGUGUCUGGGAUUGGUGUUUGAACUGGGUUUCUUGAUGUUCGUCGGGGGUGUAAGAUGAAAUUUGAGGGUAGGGGACGGUGUUUAACAGAGAGUUGUCAGUUAGGGUUUUGCUAGAUGGUUGAAUCUGGGUUGAGGGGGGUUUGUUCAUAUUUUGGUAUUUUCUGGGUAGCUGUUCGUGGUGUUUCUGUGCUAUACCUGAUAUAGGGAUAGGUUAGAUUCUUCUGUGGGCUAACUGAUUUGGGUUUUAGGGUUUUGGGAUGGCCAACGUCGUAGAGAUCUCGAGCAGUGAGGACUCCGGGUCUGACGUGUCAAUCAGUGCGGCGGAUAGGGUUUUUAUUGACUCGUUGCGUCCGUCUGCCCGUGCAGGAACCUCACUGCCAGAGCCGUUAGACAUCGAGCCGCUGCAAACCAUACCCUGGGAAGUUGUCAUGGGCCGUACGUCGCGUCCGGAGAGUUCUAGGGCGGGUGAGGAAGCUGCGGCGCGGGAGAGGAGUGAGGAGCGGCUAGCAAGUAAUAGUGCCGCCAGUGGUUCUGCUGACGGGGGAAACGUGACGGGGGAGGAAACGGAAUCGGCGUGGGUGCUCCCGGAUGGGACCCCCGUCGACGAGGCGGGAGGGCGGAUGACUGCCGCCGCGGUCAAUCGGAUGAAACGGACAUACCGGCUGCCGGGAGUUGUGAAACUGCGUCAACCGACUGCGGACGAGAAGGCCUCAAUCCUUCCAGCGGGGUUCGCCGCCGUUCACGAGGCAAUAUUCCGCCAAGGAGUGACGUUGCCGCUAGUGCCCAACCUUCAGAUCCUGGUGUGUGAGUUCGGCGUCGCUUUUGGGCAGAUCUGUCCCAACAUGUGGCGGUUGAUGCUGGCGAUGAACUCCUUGUGGCGGCUAUCCGGGUGCGAGGGGCCGACGGUGGCGGAGGUUUUGCAUUUCUACGAACUGGUGUACGUUAAACGCCAAGGUUGUAGGGGGCAAGUAAAUUUGAGCCGCCGGCAGGGAGCGCCCAAGCUGAUAGAGAAUUUGAGGAAUUCGAUGUCCUACUGGCGGGGGACGUUUUGCGUGGCAACGACGGGGUGGGAGUAUCAAGCGGAAUCCAACCAGGGGGAGCCGACGUUUUAGAUUAAGUCGGAGUUUCAGCCAAUCCGAGGUUGUCCGUCGAUCUCCGCUGAACAUAGUUGGCGGUUUAUGGUAUACAUGUUGCAAUCGUUUGACUGACACCUUCUGUUGUUUUACAGCGGGCCUGCGCUACAAUCUGACGCGUGAGGAAGAGUGCCGGGUUGCGCGCAUCAAAGGUUGUUGGAAGAACCGCAAUUUGCUGGACUUCCGUCUCCUCACCGGCUGGGAGCUGUUGGUCAAUCAGCAGCUAACGCGCGCCAUUGAGACUCCGCCAGGCAACAAAGCGAGCCGUGACGCCUUUGACAAAGCCAUGGACCGUGCGGAGAUAGACAACUUCCUGGAGACAAUGUAUGCUUCAGGCGAGGCGGCCCAGAUGACAGUUGUGAACCCGGAGACGCUGGAGGUGAGCGCAUCCGAGGUUCCGGUGACGCUGCCCAUGCCGCACCACUCGCACCUAGGGGCCGACGGUCUGCCCAGCGUGCAGGCGGAUGGACAAGCGGGCGGGGGGAAAAAGGGAUCCUCUUCCGGGCCGCAGAAGGAAAGAGUGGUUGCCACUCGACGUGGGCCACAGAGAGAAAAGGUCGUGGCGCCAGUGGGGGCUGCCGCUACCGCGGUGGGGAGACAACCGCCGAAGGGGACCGGGGCCGCGCCCCCUGGAGAUACCCGGUCGAUCCUGCGGAGGCGGCGCCAGUGUGAUUCGGCCGGGGAGGAGGAUGAUGACGAGACCCUCGAGGUCCACAGGCAGAAGAGGAGCCGACAAGACCCGUCGAAGGCUCCUGUGAGGGCCGGGAGAGAGAUGCCCGUGAGCGAUCUGGACUCUUUCGCCGCCUUCACCGAGUUCAUGACGGACAGUGAGCGGGAGUUUCUCUAUCACCUGUGCGAGCGGUUGUCGUUCGGCGGUCUGGCAGGGAUGACGCGGCCAACGGCGAUCGAGCAGUCGCCCUUUAGCUCAGCCUUUGGGCAUCUGGCGGUUGGGCUGAACGAAAUGUUCUUGGCGGCCUCCAAGCAACCUCGAAUUGAGGGACAGCUCCGGGAGGAGGUUAAGAGGCUUGAGAGGGAGCUGGCGGAGGCCAAGGACAGGCUGGCGGACGUGGAGCGACGCCUGAUGAAGGCAGACUGUGACGGGGCGGACGCUCGAGGCAAGUUAGACGUCGCCAUCCAGCGGGACAUAGAACGAAAUGAUCAAGUCUCCCAGCUGGAGCAAGACAAGGCCUUGCUGCAAGAGCGUGUGACCGCCAAGGAGAAGAAAAUUGACAUCCUGCAGCGGGAGUCUGCCGCCAGGCAAGGGGAAGUGAAGAGACUGGAGGGUGAGUUGACCCGGCUGAGGGAUGACGGAAGCCGAGCCGCCGCCGCCGCUGUGGAGAGUUUCAAGCAGUCGGCGGAAUACAAAAACGCGCUGACUGAAGCGGCGAAGGCCGGUGCCCUGGCGAAUGUCGAGAUGUUGCGAGCGAAGGGUGCCAUUGAUUGGGCCAAGGCGUCCCUGCCCAAGGCGCCGCAAGCAAAAAAUGCAGCGCCGACGAAGAGACCCCCGCCAGUACCCAGUCCCCCAGCAGGAGGUGGCAGCUCAGGCAGUGGGUAUCAGACUCCGGCGGAUGGGACCAUUGAGACGCCAAGUCCUACCGCUCGAGGGACUGACCGAGCAAGCUGCGAACAGCCGUCGCAGGUUGAAGUAGGCGACGCCGAGGCCAACCCCUGACAUGCCGGAC